AUGUCUCAGCACAGGGCCCCGGGCCCCUGUUGGAGGCUUCUGCUGGUGCUGCUACUGACGCUGGGCGAGCUGCCGCAGGCGCGGGGCUUCGAGAAGGAUGUCGAACACGAAAGCGGGGGCUUCCAGGUGGUCACCUUCAAAUGGGACCACGUCCAGGACCCGUACAUCAUCGCGCUUUGGAUCCUCGUGGCCAGCGUGGCCAAGAUCGGUUUCCACCUGUCCCACAAGGUCACCAGCGUGGUCCCUGAGAGUGCACUGCUCAUCGUACUGGGCCUGAUGCUAGGCGGCGUUGUCCUGGCGGCCAGCUGCACUGCAUCCUUCACACUCACGCCCACUGUCUUCUUCUUCUACCUGCUGCCGCCCAUCGUGCUGGACGCCGGCUACUUCAUGCCCAACCGGCUCUUCUUCGGCAACCUGGGCACCAUCCUGCUGUAUGCUGUCAUCGGUACCUUGUGGAACGCGGCCACCAUUGGCCUUUCUCUCUAUGGCGUCUUCCUGAGCGGCCUGAUGGGACACCUGAAUAUCGGGCUGUUGGAUUUCCUCCUGUUUGGCAGCCUAAUCGCUGCCGUGGACCCGGUGGCUGUCCUGGCGGUGUUUGAGGAGGUUCAUGUCAACGAGGUCCUGUUCAUCAUUGUCUUUGGGGAGUCCCUGCUGAACGAUGCCGUCACUGUGGUCCUGUACAACGUGUUUGACUCUUUCGUGAAGCUGGGUGGUGACAAGGUGACUGGCAUGGAUUGCUUGAAAGGCAUAGUGUCCUUCUUCGUGGUGAGCCUGGGAGGCACGCUGGUUGGGGUGGUGUUCGCCUUCCUGCUCUCACUCGUGACCCGCUUCACCAAGCACGUGCGCAUCAUCGAGCCCGGCUUUGUGUUCGUCAUCUCUUACCUGUCCUACCUCACCUCCGAGAUGCUGUCCUUGUCAGCCAUCCUGGCCAUCACCUUUUGUGGCAUCUGCUGUCAGAAGUACGUGAAGGCCAACAUCUCGGAGCAGUCCGCCACCACCGUGCGCUACACCAUGAAGAUGCUGGCGAGCGGGGCCGAGACGAUCAUCUUCAUGUUUCUGGGCAUGUCAGCGGUGAACACCUCCUUCUGGGUGUGGAAUACAGCCUUUGUGCUCCUGACGCUGGUCUUCAUCUCCGUGUACCGAGCCAUUGGUGUUGUCCUGCAGACGUGGAUUCUGAACCGGUACCGCAUGGUGCAGCUGGAGAUCAUCGACCAGGUGGUCAUGUCCUACGGCGGCCUGCGCGGGGCUGUGGCUUUUGCCCUGGUGGUCCUUCUGGAUGAGAAAAAGGUCAAGGAGAAGAAUCUCUUUGUCAGCACCACCAUCAUCGUCAUCUACUUCACUGUCAUCUUCCAGGGCCUGACCAUCAAGCCCCUGGUGCAGUGGCUGAAGGUGAAGAGGAGUGAGCACCAUGAGCCCAAACUCAAUGAGAAGCUGCAUGGCCGGGCCUUUGACCACAUCCUGUCGGCCAUUGAGGACAUAUCAGGGCAAAUAGGACACAAUUAUCUCAGAGACAAGUGGUCCAAUUUUGACAGGAGAUUCCUCAGCAAAAUCCUUAUGAGGAGAUCGGCCCAAAAGUCACGAGAUCGAAUUCUGAAUGUUUUCCAUGAGCUCAACUUGAAGGAUGCCAUCAGCUACGUGGCCGAGGGAGAGCGCCGCGGGUCCCUGGCCUUCAUUCGCUCCCCCAGCACUGACAACGUGGUCAACGUAGACUUCAGCACGCCACGCCCCUCGACCGUGGAGGCCUCUGUCUCCUACCUGCUGAGGGAAAAUGUCAGUGCAGUGUGCCUAGACAUGCAGUCCCUGGAGCAGAGGAGGAGGAGCAUCCGUGACACAGAGGACAUGAUCACUCACCACACGCUGCAGCAGUACCUGUACAAGCCCCGGCAGGAGUACAAACAUCUCUACAGUCGACAUGAGUUAACUCCAGAGGAAGACGAGAAGCAGGAUAAGGAGAUCUUCCACAGGACCAUGAGGAAGCGCCUGGAGUCCUUCAAGUCGACCAAGCUGGGCAUCAACCAGAACAAGAAGGCGGCCAAACUGUAUAAGCGAGAGCGUGCCCAGAAGCGGAGAAACAGCAGCAUUCCCAAUGGCAAACUGCCAAUGGAGAGCCCCAUACACAAUUUCACCAUUAAGGAAAAAGAUUUGGAACUUUCAGACCCGGAGGAGACCCCCGACUAUGAUGCUGAGGAGAUGAGCGGGGGUAUCGAGUUCCUGGCGAAUGUCACAAGGGAUACAGCAACAGACUCCCCCUCAGGAAUUGACAACCCUGUGUUCUCCCCGGAUGAGGACUCGAGCAUCCUGUCCAGGGUGCCGCCCUGGCAGUCUCCUGGGGAGACAGUGGUGCCCUCCCAGAGGGCCCGUGUGCAGAUCCCCCAAUCUCCGGGCAAUUUCCAUCGCCUGGCUCCCUUCCGCCUCAGCAGCAAGUCCGUGGACUCCUUCCUGAUGGCCGAGGGUCCCAAGGAGCAGCCCCACACCACUCUGCCCGAGUCCACGCACAUGUAACUGGCUCCAUGCCCCUCCCGAGCCCCU